AUGGCAAAGGUACAUAUAACCAAUGUUGUUGUAUUGGACAAUCCAAGUCCUUUUCUCAAUCCGUUCCAAUUUGAAUUAACCUUUGAGUGUAUAGAAGAACUCAAGGAAGACUUGGAAUGGAAGAUGAUCUAUGUGGGGUCAGCUGAAACAGAGGACCACGAUCAGGUUUUGGAUACAAUUUACGUCGGACCUAUACCUGAAGGGAGACACAUGUUUGUGUUUCAAGCACCCCCACCAGACGUGACGAGAAUUCCGGAAAACGAUGCUUUAGGAGUGACAGUAGUCCUUCUAACGUGUUCCUACCGUGGUCAGGAAUUUGUCAGAGUUGGUUACUUUAUUAACAACGAGUAUUCGGAAUCUGAGCCUGAAUUACGUGAAAAUCCUCCAGCGAAGCCUCAAUUUGACAAAGUUGUAAGAAAUAUUCUCGCUUCUGAACCUCGUGUAACUAGAUUUAAGAUUAACUGGGCUGAACCUGAUGCUGCUGCUGUGUCAGACUCUGUAGAUGGGAAUAUAGAGACUACUCAUGCCCCCAGCAAUGAUUCUUAUGGUGCAUCUUUCAAUGCUGACAGUCAAAUCGGUGGUAUGGAGUUCCAAGGCUUGAGCUUGAGUGGUUAUGGAGAUAAUUCAAAUUCAAUAGCUCCAAUGGAGUGCUGA